AGUAAACUGUUGCGCAUCAUUCAAUAGGCAAUAGCCAUGCACAAAAUCUAACGUUUCGGCAUAGCGUAGUAUUUGUAAAAUCCUAAAUUUGUUAAGUUUCCGGUAAAGUAUCAGUCGACCCCCUUCUUUAAGCAGCCAGAUGGCCGGCAUCGUUUUAGGCGGUAUUGCCGCCUGUCGCCGAUCCACUCACUACCUCGGAAUCCUGCGCGCCUCCUUCCGCCCACUGUAUUUUAAUCCCUUCAAUGGCCCACUGCAUCAGCGACUUCGCCGGCACUCCAGCUCCUCGGAUUCGGGGGAUUCCGGUGAGAAGAAGCCCAUACAGGUGGCCCAGGGACCAGCUUCCAGUCCUGGUGGCUUGGAUACGACAGCAGCACCGCCCAAUCCGCCGGAGGUUCCCGGUGAACGGCGACCAGAGUCACCUUACGAGGCCAGGCCCGAGCUGCCCGUUGAGGUUCAGCCAAAUCGCUCCCAUCCCUCGCCCGCAGAGGUCAAACCGCCAAAUCCACUCACUAUCAUCUGCAGUUCGGGUACUAAAGAUUUAUCAGAAUCUUUGAAAGAUGUUUUAGAAAAAAAUGAAAACUCCCGAGGCGAUAGUAGUGUUAUUAAUAUAACGGAAAAAAAAAACCCCUCCCCUACAGAUUUUAAGACAAAGAUUGAAUCACAAGCUUCGACUCCAAUUGAAUUGGCAAAUCGCACCUCAUCCUCUACAAAAUCCGUUUUCACUGAAGCAAAAAAUAAUCCUAAGCUUAAUAACUUAUCUAUAUCCAACUUUACUAAUCUGUCUAAUAAUCAAGCAAUGCCUCCAAUUAAUGCUGAACUUAAAUCCACGGACUCGACCUCAAAUGGAUCUAAAACGGAAUGCGGUUCAACAAAGUCAACAGAUGUGCCCCAUCAAACAUCAUUCGUAAUUCCAUCUGUUGUUAAGUCUCAAGAUUCGACACCAGCUAAGUCAAAAGAUAAGAAAAUACCUGAAACCGUUUAUUCUACAGAGUCUCAGUCGUCAACUGAAGCUAAAUCAAAGUCCGCAAACCCCCAAACUUUUACAACAACCGAAGACAGCUGUAGCCCUCAAGUUCAGGUUAUUGAUUUGGAUUCCAAGCCAAGGUCGGAUUCUAAGACAUUUCAUUCAGGUGGGAGUCUCAAAUUAAAGAUUACACCAAGUUCAAGUAUCACCUCCAUUGAAAAACUAGAACAAAGCUCUGAGCUGAAGACCAGAGAAACCAAAAAUCCCAAGGUAGUUCCGAAAUCUAGUUUUAAUGUGCCUUUGGAGGUCACAGUACCGGAGAUCAAGGGCGAAACAAAAACACCCAUCUAUAGCAGGGCAGAAUUUGGUGAGAUAUUAGAUAAAGCUCGUGAAAAAAGGUUCGAAACUGUGAAAGAAAGUGUGGUUGACAAAGAUGUGAUCCAAAAGUGGGUUGAAAAGUUUAAGUUGGCGGACAAAAAGGCUAACUCUGCCCUCGACAAUAAACUCUCAGAAGGAAUCUCGAAACCCUCUGAGUGGAAUAAAGACAUGCCAGCUUAUAUUAAGGAAUCCUUAGUGAAGGAAAAUAAUAAAUGGGUGCCCAAGGACACAACUUCUUUGAAUACUUCUUUAUCCCCCUCUGGUCAGAAUUUUACUACAAAGACUAGCCCCCAAACCGCCCUGCCACUGAAAAUCGUGGCCAAGCACGAAGCUCCAAAAGAGUUUAGGAAAACGUUCAACCCUAUACCUUCCUCUGAGCUUAAGUCAAAUAAGGAUACUCACUUCAAAGCAUCGAGUGAAGCAACAAAACCCGUAGAAUUUAUUUUUAGUCCGUCUUCUGCAACUAAAAAUGUGGGAUCUGAUGCUUGGCAAUCUGCAUCCAAAAAAUCAAAUGCAACAUUUGAGACAGAACCCAGUAAGAUCGUUUUUGUUGCUCAUGAGAAACCUAAAAGCCAGUCCACAGAUGAAAUAGUGGCAAUGUUUAAGGACGACUACGAUCAUGAUCAGACCCAAAUAGAAGAAGGAAGAGUCAGGGAAUUAUUCGAGACACUAGAUAGAUUUGAUGGUAGUCCGAAUCCUUCUGGGACCUCUGCAGCUACCAAAACCAGUGAAGUGAAAGGUAUGUCCACGCACUCAUCGAGGUCAGAUAAAAAAGCAGGUAAUACCAAUAAUGAAACAGGACACCUUGAUGAAACGGACUCGGGCAAUAAAGCUGACGACUAUUUUACAAAACUUGGCGAUUUAGACUCAACCAUCCGAGAAGAAGAGGUUUUUCAGAAAUCGGAAGACAGUGCCAACGAAAAUGUUUUUGUUAAACUUAAUAACUUGAAUUCAACAAUCCGAGAGGACAGCGGUGAUAAUCUUAAGAAAAAGGACGCGUCUAAAAAGAGUGAAAAGGAGGAUAAGAAUAAUGUCGAUCAGGCAAGUUUUGAUCUAGCGCAAAAGAUUUCCGCCUUUAUGAAGACUGCUGGAGAAAGUGGUAACAGAACCGAUGCCACCCAAAACGCAAAAAGAUUAAAUAAAAUGGAGUCGACGGCCAAUAGCAAAGUUAAAACAACAUCGGAGCUAAUACCAAGCGAUCUCUAUGAUCCAAUAUCCGAUGAGGUUUCUGCCACAGCCCCGCUGGAAAAGGGCAAGUCCGAGCUUGAAGAAAGCGAAGAAUCCAGUCCCAGCCUAGAGGCUCCAGAGGUCAAGCAUAAGAAGGAGGAAGCCAAAGACAAGGCACCCACGGCAAUGGAUGAAACCAAAGUCAAGGUUGAUAAAAAGGCUUCGGUCGAGGAAACUUUAUCGAGAAAAGAGAAACCACAGCUGGAUGAUGGGGAACUGUCCCUGAAAUUGUUGGAUAAAGUUACGGCAGAGAUGCCAGCGACUGCGGAGAUGCCACAGACAAGAAAACCGCUGGCUGAAAAGAGCCUCCUCCAACACCUCUUCGAUAAGAUUUUCGGCAGGGGCAAGAGCAACGAAGGCAAACGCCAGAUGUCCUCAUACACAGGUCGACGUCACCUUAGCACAAGCUCCGUGGUCGCAAUCUCGCCUAUAAGCUUUUCGCAUUAUAAAUCCAAAACAAUGGGCUCCAGGAGUUGGGAUAAGAUUAUCAGCGAAGAGAAUCCGAGUCAAGUCUCCCAGGCGGGAUCUUCUGCAAUCAUUCGUCUACAACAGGCCGUGCUGGAGCCGCCCACAUUUGAUUUGUUCGCCAAGGACAAGAACGAUGACACCGAAAUUAAGGGAGGCUCUCCCGAUUGCCCUUCGCCCAAAAAGACGCCGCGUGAGCUUCUCCGCGAGAAGCAGCAAUCCAGGAAGAUCAAGAUCCUUGGCGGAUCCGAGGAGUGUGCCAAGAAGAUGAAACGGCUCGAGGAACUCAAGAGGGAAAAGGACGACGAUGACUGUGGGCGGGAACAUUUUUCAAACAACUUGUCGCGGUUUUUCCGCCAGCUCUGGUUUUCUAUAAUUCCAGAUGCGGCAAACCACUCAAGCAAAGUCAAAUAAUCUGCGAUAAUAAUCGAGAUGCCAUGAAUACGGAGAUGAUGUGAUCGAUCUGAGCCAACAAAGUAAACAUGAAGGGGUAGCCCUGAUUGCUUUCUGGAAACUAAUUUUACAGAUCUAAUAGGAUUUAUUUGGAAUUAUCAAUGGGGAGCAACUAACACAAUAUAUUUUUUUAACAACUUA